AUGUUCGCAUCUGCCACUUCCGGCGACAAAGCAAACAACGCAAGGUUUUCCACAUGCUCCGUAAAUAAUAUCUCGUCAGUGCUGAAGGAAGUUUUGCGUCAGAAUCCAAACACUCACUACGUGGGUGCCAAACGCAACUGCUUCAUUCUACGGGAGACAUCGUUUUGCGGUAACGCUAUGGUCGAAGAUGGGGAAGAAUGUGACUGCGGCUUCAACGACGAAGAGUGUCGCGAGCGAAGCGAUUCUUGUUGUUACCCGCGAUCACAUGUCGGUGAAGUUAAAGGCUGCACGCGUACUCCGUGGGCUGAAUGCAGUCCAUCUGAAGGCGUCUGUUGCAACAGCUCUACCUGUAAGUUCAUUCCUCCUCUCGACAGGGUUUGCCGUGAAGCAUCGGAGUGCAGCGAGACUCAGAUGUGCGAUGGUUUGCGAGCAAGUUGUCCAAUGUCAAAACCUAAGUCAGAUCGAACCGUUUGUCAAGAUAACACGAAAAUCUGUGACGCUGGGACUUGUAAUAAGUCGGUAUGCGAAUUGUUCGACAUGGAAGAAUGCUUUCUUUCAGAUGGUUCACCGACGGAACAAUGCGUGUUGGCUUGCAGGAAGAAGCACAGUGUCGACAGUCCUUGCAUUGCUAGCUACAACAUAAAAGAAUUUCGCAGCUUUUACGAUGUCAGCGGAGAUCGUAAAGGGGUCCUGUUGCGGCCUGGCUCGCCAUGCAAUGAUUACCGUGGCUACUGUGACAUAUUUCAGAAAUGUCGAUCUGUCGAUGCAAAUGGGCCAUUGUCUCGACUUAAGAACUUAUUUUUUAAUAGCGAAACUUUCAGAACUGUUGCUGACUGGGUGCAGGAUAAUUGGUGGGCAGUCGUUUUGAUCGCUAUUGCGUUGAUUCUGUUCAUGGCGUUGUUCAUUAAAUGUUGCGCCGUUCACACCCCCAGUACUAAUCCAAGGAAGCCGCCUGCCCACAACAUUUAUGAGACGCUCAGGCAUCCUGCUACUCUGCUUCGCAACCAGACGUAG